AUGCUUCUUUUGGAACAGUCGAUCCUGCGAAUGCCCUCGAAGAACGAGCAAACGCAGACAAUCCGGUUCACGAUGGAUCUGUCGUCUCAAUGGAUCGAUCCCUUACUGAAGUGGGACCCAUCUCUGGCAAAUUUCACAUCACUCAAAGUACCCGAACAAAGUGUUUGGACACCGGACAUCACUCUCUUUGCAGCAACAUCCAACGAAGACCUCAUUGAGUACGAGCGACGCAUGGUGGUAUUAAAGCAUGACGGUUCUAUUCUGCAAUCCAAUCCACAAGUUGUCACACAUCCUUGUCAAAUUGACGUGGUUGACUUUCCUUAUGAUACCCAAACAUGCCGGCUAGAUCUUGGUUCCUGGCAAUACGACACGACUUAUAUGCGGAUCGAAACGCCUUAUGAAAACUACGAACCUUCAGACGAGUUCACGGGCAAUAACGAAUGGAAAUUACUUUCUCUAUCAUCCGAACUUACUCUCGACACUACCUACGAGGAAGGUGACUUCCAGGUGUUGGUGUUUUCGGUUCGGUUGCGCCGAAACUCGCAGUUCUAUUCGAUGGCAAUCGUCAUUCCAACGUGUGUGUGCACAUUUCUCUGUAUCAAUGGUCUCUUCUUGCCUUCCGAAACGAGCGGUCUGAACAUCGAGAAGGUAUCUCUGGGCGUUUGCACAUUACUGGCCAUGUCUCUCAUCUUGGAAUCUGUUACCGCCACUAUGCCAAGAUCACAGAAACUGCCUCUCCUAGGUAUCUAUGUACUGGCAGAAACGAUUCUAUGCGCAAUUGCUGUGCUAAUCACCUCAAUUUAUCUGACCCUUCAUGAACGGGCUACCACCCGAGGAUGGAACCCUCCUUCAUGCUUGGUCACUACGAUAUUGACUAGACAGUAUGAUAGAAAGAUCACGCACUACGAUGGCUUUCAACAGGAUCGCAACGGCUUCGAAUCCACUCAACUGGCAACUUACUUGGAAGUGAUUUCCUCGUUUUUACGAGAGGUAGCGUCCGACUCUCGGCUUGAGCGAAUGUGGGCUCGUAUAUUUGAUCGAAUCAACGUACUCACUCUAAUAUUCUUCCAAUUCAUUAAUAUUGUACUCACUUUAGCUAUACUGCUGUAA